AGGUCUCGAGGUUUUAUUUAGGUAUCAGCUAGGUCUUGUAUCCUCCAUCCACUUCUCCCUUAGAAGAACCACAGCAACGUUCUUAACGAUGACCGCAAAUGCAGCUCCUUGAGGUCGCCGCUACGCGAAAAGCAACCCGCAUGACAAUUGCACGGGCGAACCCGGCCAACUCAUCCGACGUGGGCGCAGCUACCGCGACGCGGUUGCUGCGGGACCCGCCGAAGGCCGCCAAUUGCGCGCUUCCUGCCGAGUUGUUGCUGCUGGACCUGUCCAAGACCCCCGCCCAAGCCGCAGACACCAACCUGCUGCUGUUGCGCCUGCUGAAGACCCACGUCCGCGUGGCAGUCAAGCAGUCACCGAUGCUGCUGGACCUGCCGAACGACCCCGUCCACGUGGCCGACACCAAGCCGUCGUCGCUGAACCCGGUGCCACUGGACCUGCCGAAGACUCCGGUUCCCGCGGGCGUCGCCCAGUUGCCGCUGCUGGACCCGGUGAUGUUGGUGGACCUACCGAAGGCUCCCGGUCACACGACCGGCGCCCAGCUGUCGCUGCUAGACCCGUCGGGUCUGGGCUGGCUAAAAGGCCUCGCUCACGCAGUCGCCGGCGCGUGUCUGCAGCACGCCGUGAUCCUUCGUCGUGCGCGCCAGGUGAAGAAGGGGGUGUCGCUGUACCUGCGGCCCGAGCCGACGACCAAGAAUCCGAAGGUGGAGGAGGUGAUUGUGUCGGUGAUUGGCGCCAAGCCGACGGCUCCGCUGCUGCGCUUAGUGACGGGGACCACGGGCGCGAUUGUUGUGCCCCACGUGCUAGCGGCGGCGAUCGUGUACGCCGAGGUGAUGGCAGUGGACGCCGAGGCGAUGACGAUGGGAGCAGACAUGAUGGCAGCGCAGCACCUGGACCACGAGUGGCAGCUACAGCAGCUGAUGAUGUCCGUGUUCGGGAAGACAGCAGAGCCCAAACGGUUGGGGAACGACGGCGGUCAAGCGGAAGUUGGUGCUCGGGGAGAAGAUGCUUUCAGUAGCGAGGAGAAUAGCGACACCGGCCGUAACGGCGGUGAUGACGAUCUGAACGUGGCGUCAGGUUCAGACAUAGCGCCGUAUGAAUCCGAUGCGGAUGGCCCCUCCAGCAUCAGUCCGCCCCCUAAGCGAGCGCACUCGCUGUCUCCGCCCCCAUGUGAAGACACUGCACCGGCACGCAAAAAGCGCGAUGGACGGACCAAGCUGUACGUCGACGGCUACGAGCUCACCCGCUCGGCAUCCACGCAAUAUGACUUUGCCAACAGUAUUCCUCAUACUUGCGUCCCACCACCACCAUCGAUGCAAGCCACGACUCUCACCGAGACUGGCGUCGUAGACGUCACCGCCGAAAUGAAACGUGAAGUGGACAAGUUGGCGACCUCUACUGUGGCGACACCACUUCAGAUUUGGGACGAGAUAAGCACCAAGUACUACAGGACAGCAGCGAAAAACACAGCCAUCAGGGGAAUGGCUCGCUGUCAAGUGAUCCAGCGAGUUCAUCAUGCGCGCGCACUGCACUAUGGGACGGACAAGCAGCAACUUGCUGUUUUGCAGUUCCGUCACGUUUGGGAAAACACGGACAAUGAACUAGGCCGUCUUAUUGGGUGGGCGAACCCUUCGUUACUUAGCUUGCUGCGCUACAAGAACAUCACCCUGUUCGUGGACGGCACGCUCAGGUGUGUGCCGGACACAUUCGCACAGUGUGUAGUCAUUAUGGUCUACGAUCGGGGGGCAAAGCUCUACGUGCCCGUGUUCUUCACCCUCAAGCCCAAGGAGGUCGUUUGCGGCUUUGAGGCUGCUCUCAUCAAUGCAGUAAGUGACUGGUUCCCGAGUGCGUCUGUUAUAGGGAGCUUAUUCCACUUUAAGCAGGCCUGCAAGCGCAGCAUGGUCAAGUACCGGAUCCACGAAGAUCAAAGCGCGAUUCAGGAGCGAUGCGCCAAGGACAACAUCAUCUACUCAGCUAGCAAGUGGGUUUCCUUGUGGAAAUACUUUGAGCGCAUGGUUGAAGUUAUCACCGCCUAA